AUGGUUUUCAAGCCUCUUGUGAUCUCAGUCAUGGAAAAUUUAUGUCCUAAGAGAAGCCAAAAGGAGGCAGGGGAGAAGAAACCUGGGGGUCAGCUUCUGAGGGCUCACACUGCAAUGCUAAAAAAUAUCUACUCAGAAGUGGGAAGCAUUUCAGUAAUGAAUGAACAUUUAGACAACAAAUCCUAUGUCUCUGAGUUUCUGCUCCUUGAAUUCUCAGCAAUCCGGGAAAUGCAGAUUCUACACUUUUUUCUGUUCCUGGGAUUGUACCUGGCAAUUGUAUCAGGGAAUCUGCUCAUCAUCUCUGCAGUAGCCACUGAUCAUCACCUUCACACUCCCAUGUACGUCUUUUUGAUGAACUUGGCCAUCCAAGACCUUGGUAUUAUUUCAGUAACUGUUCCCAAAUCCAUGGUUAAUUCCCUCAUGAAUGCUAGGCACAUUUCCUAUGCUGGAUGUGUGGUCCAAGUUUUUGGAUAUAUCUUCUUUGCAGGCUCUGAUUUCUUUCUCCUCACAGUCAUGGCAUUUGACCGGUAUGUUGCCAUUUGCAAUCCAUUGCAAUAUGAAAUGGUGAUGAACAGAACAGCCUGCACCAAAAGGGUUGCUGCUGUGUGGGUUGCUGGCUUUCUUUAUGCAGUGCUGCACACUAGUGGAACUUUUGCAACCCCUUUCUGCUCGAAUGUUAUCAAUCAGUUCUUCUGUGAGAUCCCAAAGUUACUUACACUUGCAUGCUCUAACUUAUACCUAAUAGAAAUUGGAGUUGUUGUGAUGAGUGCUGUCCUUGUGUUGAGCUGCUUUGUGUACAUUGUUGUCACUUAUGUCCACAUCUUCAGUGCUGUUCUGAAAAUCCCUUCCAUUCAGGGAAGGAAAAAGGCCUUCUCCACUUGCCUACCCCACCUCAUAGUCUUCUCUGUAUUUUGUUUUACAGUAUGUUUUGCUUACCUCAGGCCUCCCUCUAACACUCCAUCUCAUCUGGACUUUGUAUUAACUGUGAUGUAUACUAUUGUUCCACCCAUGUUCAAUCCAAUAAUCUACAGCAUGAGAAACAAAGAUAUAAAAAAUGCAUUGUCAAAGUUGUUGUGUUUGAGGCACUUUUCAGGGUCAUUUACUUCCAGAGCUAAAGAUGAAUGA